AUGGUUUCUCCGCAGAAAGCAUGGACCUGGCAGUUCAUCAGUGUGCUGGUCAUCACAUACCUGUCCAUGUCAGCGCUGACUUACGCGAGGGUGUGUCUCAACUCUCCAUCCGAGCUCUUCAGAAAAUUCGUGGGACAGAUGACGUUCAGCAAGAUAUAGACGCCCUGCAUGCGGAGCUGAAGGAAUCUAGUGGCAAAGCUCAGGUAUAUCACGGAGUGGCACUGUAUGUCCAUGUAAGGCACAACACUAUAUGGCGUGUUGUGGCAUAGUGUAACGCGCACUGUGUUGUAUUGUGAUAUGAUGAGGAUUGUGGUGGUUGGCGUGUGCUUU